AUGCUUUUCCAUAUCAAAGGCUUCAAGUCAAUCAGUACGACAGGACCAGUGCUAGAUAGCCCAGAAAAGCUCUACAGCCUUACUGUGCUGGAGGGUUUAAGGCAGCAGGAGCUGAAACUAAAAGACGAACUCCUCGACAAGUACGUGUUCUGCCAAACAAUUCGGGAGACAACCGGUUUUCGAAUCGCCUUGGAGAUAAAGUUGCUGGCCUCAACGCUCCGAUCCCGGAUGUGCCGCGCUGGCCAGAUUACUGGCUUUGACGCUGUAACAAAGCCGUAUAUUCUUCGGUAUGCUGGAGCUAAAGCUUUUAAUAGCAGCGAAGUCACCGACGCGCUACAAAAUGUCAUUUUACAGCAUGCCGACAUCCGCACAUUCAUCCGCCAUUAUGAGGUAGAUGUCGAUGUCGACGUCCAAGGGAUCAUCCGCAAGACAGGUUCUCAGACCCCGCUGGUGCGGUUCGCGUGCUCGUUAAGCGCAUCGAUAGACCCGGACCGGCCCUAUUGGCUUUCAGCCGAUGAAUCGAAGUCCCUCAAUCAGCUCCCGGAAAUUCCCUUGCGAGCUUCGUUUGAUCAGCUUAGCGACGAAGCUUCAACUUAUCGCUCUCACCAAUCACAAGAGAAGAUAGAAGUCUUGCAGGACCGGGUGCUAGAAGCCAAGCGAAAAUACAACAAAUCUGUUCGUGAAGUGAGAAAUGAGAAGCAACGACAGCGAAACCGACAAAUCAGGGAGAAUCUAAAACGGUAUAGAAACGAGCAACCCGUGAUUGACCUAGAACGGCAGCUGGCGGGGAAGCUCGUCAAUACCAAAGUGAUGGACGCCCUAGAGCAGAGGAGAUCUAUGCCGGGGCAGCAAAUGCUAAUGAUUGACGCUAUACUUACCAUGCUUGGCGCCACUCUGGAAGCGGAGCAGCGGCGCCUGAUCAACGCAAUCAAUGCUGUGACUGCUUUCUGCGGCGUAGAAGAGGGCCGUCCUACACGACGACCGUCAGGACCAGGAUGGCGACCUGCACCCGACUGUGACGAAUCCCACGCUUCUGUUAAGCGGCGACGAAUCUGCGCGGACGACGAGACUGAGUUAGCCCUACGCCAAGCGGAUGGCCGUGAAAGGGGACUCCUAACUCAUCUGCUCAACCAUCCAGAACUUGACAAACUACGAAACAGACCCACGGCCAUCCUUAGUGAAAUCGACCGCUGGGCGGCAGAGCAUAACUAUUGUAUGAUGACCAUCGGCACAGAGAGGAGCAAACCUAUCGUUGACUUGAUCCACGAAUGCGAACCUCAAAUCAUGGCCGAGCUCGGCGGGUAUAUUGGCUAUUCUGCAAUACUAUUCGGGAAUGAGGUGCGGCGUGCCGGUGGUACACAGUACCUUAGCCUGGAGAGUAAUACGCAAUAUGCGAGUAUAGCGAAGGAACUAGUUCAGCUUGCUGGCUUAGGGGACUUUGUUCGGAUUCUUGUUGGGCCUAGUUCCGAGUCUCUGGUGAGACUUUCAGAAGCAGGAUACAAGAAGGUUGACAUACUUUUUAUGGACCAUGCGGAGAGAUUGUAUCUCAGCGAUCUCAAGCUGGCGGAGGAGCUAAGGCUGGUAGAGUCAGGGGCGUUUGUGGUAGCUGAUAAUGUUGAAAGUUAUCUGGCCAAGGAAUAUGUAAGAUGGGUUGAUGAUGGCCAAGGGCGCAGGUAUGAGUCACGCAAGCUGGAUUACAUACUUCCCAACGGUGAACUGGAUGCAGUUCUGACCACCAAAAUACUUUAGAUUUGCGGGAUCAGCGUUUAUGGGAAUGUCUAUGGUAUAUGGGUGGUACCUGUCGCAAACAUAACGUAACCCACGGUUAAGCGGCCCACAC